GUGCAUUUUGCAUCGGCGCGUUGCUCGAUGCCGCGAACGUCGCAGGUCAGUCUGCGAGGCGGCGGCUCGAUGCAUUCACUGGCGAGAGUUUCCGCGGGGCUGGUCACAUGCGGUAUUUGACGAAGUGCAGGGAGGCCAGCAGGGCGCAGAGGAGGGAGCAGGAUAUCGCGCAGGACUCAGAGGCCUUGAGCAGCGCGUGGAACCACGAACGAUUGCACAUCGGUGACAAAGUUGGUGAAGCAUCGGGUGUAGAAGAUGGCGCGCAUCCGAACACGUGGAGUUUACCAGCGGUUCUUAGUGCAGCGUGGAAGCAGCUGGGCAGCAACAAGGUCGUGCGUUUCGGCGUGGACGGCAUGUCGCGGUCGCUGGGCGUCCUCACAUGCGUGGCCGCGGCGAUCUACGAGGAGCAGGUUGACUUCGUAUCCGAGCGGGUGGAGGAGAUGAAGGCCCAGAAGGUGUGUCCUGUCAUUUUCAAGUUCUACGACUGCACGCCAUUGCGGCUCGCGUUCGGACAGCUACAAUCUCAGUUGUACCCGUGCGCCAGGUACUUGAUUUGCAAAGAUGGUGCGUUACGUUCUGGCGUGGUUGAGAUGCUUGCGCAGGGCGCGAUGUGCUGCCACGUCGACCCAGGCUCACACGAGCUGUCUGGCUUUCGCGUGUUCUGCCGGCCCAAGAUUCUCCAAGCGGGCAAUGCAGAUUGCAUAUACCGUGCCACGGAAGAUGAGAUUCCAUCAUUCUCGGCGGAGGGUCUGCAGCACUUGUGCCAGGCAUGCCCGUACGUCAUCUUGCACGAGGCCCCCGACGCUCACAGCGCGAACAUCCGCAAGAAGGCGAAGACUAGCGAGGUGAUCCCAAAGAACUGUUUGCACGUCGGUGCCAGUUGCGACGUGCAUCAAGCCCAUCGGAUGAUCGAGAUGAAGGAGAAAAAAGUCAUCGGAAACCUUCAUGCGAUCGCUGUGUCGUGCAGCCAUCCAGCUUUCCAAAACAGACUUCAAGAUGCUCUCCGCAAGGUCAUCGACAGACUGGAGUACACGCGCGGGGAGCCAGAUGAAGCAGUCCUUCGGCGUAACCGCAAGUUGGCGAAUCACACCUUGUUGCGCCGCAAGACCGCGAUCCUCGAUGAUGCCAUGGAUGGCGAGCGGGACUACGACAUGGCCGUCGACACGUUUCUUUCGUUCUGGAAUUCGGAUUGGCGUUUGUGCCGAGUUGGUCACGUGUGCCGCGGGUGUUGCGCAGGUCCUGAGGAUGCGAAGCAUCGCAUGUUCUCCGCAGCGAUGUCUGUGGAUUUGCUCCAGAGUAGGGAUUGCGACUUGCCGAGCCUGGACGACUGGGGGUCUUGCGGUCGUGCUUGCGGUCUUACCAGCAUUGGACUCUUGUGCCACAAUAUCCUUUCUGAAUGCUUUGGCGUUGCAAUGCCCGACUGGCAGUCCAUGUUGCCGCCGCGGGAGGACGCCGAUAACGAUCAGGACGACAACAAAGUGAUGGCCAGGCUCAAGGUUCGAAAGAAGGCGUGGAGACCGAAGUGCACUUUCGAGGACCCAGAGGCGAGGAGGAAGAUCUUGCUCAUGAAUUGGAUGGCAGCCCCAGUGGAGAAGCUGAUGGCCAACUUGCAGUACCUCGACAGGGCGGGCAAGGGGCUCUACGACGUGUGCGUGAACAACGAGUGGAACCCUAUAUUGGUUUGCAAGCAGCGGUUGACCCAGCUUGUCCGGGAGGGCGCCGACGGCGACUUGGGCCCUCUCUUCGAGUCCACGCCGUUCGUAGACCACAGCGCGUUGCUGGAGCAGGCCACUUGGCGCUUCCUGAAGUACGACACCUACCCCUACCUCUUCGCGCGGUGGGCCCACCCAGCCGCGGACCCUGCGUGCCGAGACCAGAUCCCUCAGCAUUUAUUCGGCCUCAAGCCUUGCUGUCGCGACCAAGGAUUUUCGGAGAAAGUCUACGAGCUGCUCGGCACUCCCGACGCCAUGGUGGCCUCGGAGGACUUCAAGCUCGCGCUGCGCGCGUGGGCCAUCAAUUAUAAGUUCACGGACAUGUUCAGCGAGCGUCUGUUGGCGAAGGUGCGACAGUCUGUCGGCUACUCCGACGCCGACGUGGACGUCGAGAGAAUAUGUUGCAGCGGAUUCCUCUCCCAGGUGAUGACGGAGCAUUCCCAGCGCGGCGGGGCCGACCCCCGCGCCCCUACCAGGACUCAGCUCCUGGAGGAUGGGGUUCACCUCAGACGCAGGCGGGAUCUGAAGAGUUCGAAGCCCAGAAGUGCCUUCGUGAACUGGAUGUGCAAGCAGGAGGCGGAUCGCAAGAGCAAGAAGAUCAAGCUCGACAAGGAGCAAUAUCACACGUGGCAGUUGGAGAAGAGAAACGAAUUUUUCGAGUUGUCCAGGGACAGGUUGUUGAUCGAGGAAGGGGAGGCCAAGGAGGCUCACGAUGCGAAGAUGUCAGCAGUGGAGGAGGCCUCGGAGAGCUUCUGGGCGCUGAAACCAGCGAGUGCGAUAGAGUCCAUCAUCGGAUUGAUCGGGGACGUGCGCACCCCCUACAGGGCCGCCGCGUUCGACGCCCGCAUCCGUCGGAAGCUCGGCAUGGCCACUGAUGCCAAGGCCCCAGGCUUCACGAAGUACGUCGAGGAGUUCCGCGCCCCCCAGCGCUCGCAGAUGUUUGUCGAGGGGCGCAACGCCACUGGCGACCAGGUCUUCAAGGUCAAGAUGCCAUGCCCACUGGUGCAUCCUGGCUUUUGCGUGACCGACGACGCCGCGGUCGCCGUCGGCGCGAGGUCUUGCGCCGACCAGCUCUGCAAGAUAGCUGGGGAUAUCGGAGGGCAGUUCAUGCACUUGCGUUUCCGUGCUGGCCCUGACUGGCUGUUGAGCUCUUGGGCGGCUGUUGCACAUAAGCGAGGGGCUUCGCCGAGGAUCGUGAUGUUGGCGGCGUGCGCCCUCGACGAGGACACCUCCACGCUGGCCAUCGAGCAGAACCAGGACUUGUGCUUCGAGUACGUCCCGGGCGUCACCUUCAUGGGGUGCUUCUUUAGGCAGGCCCCGCGAGACAGCGACGUCGAGGUCUACUGGAGCCUCGCGCCCAUUGACUUGGCGGCGCCGCUGCAGCGGUCUGCGUCUCAGGUCGCGCUCCGACCUGACUGGAGAGCAUUCGUCCAGGUCGGGGAGAACAGACUAUAUCCGCCUGAACGAGUUUUUCGGGACCCCGUUGCCGAUGGCAAGAAAAAGGACAUGAUGUCAGGCCUGAGGUCAGCGCUCGAUUUGCCGAAGCGCUGGCGAGCUGAUGCUGCAGGAGUUCGGCUUCUGAAACCAGCGGGGCUUGCCGAGGGCGAGUCGACAGGGGCAGACUCGAGCGAUCGCAUUGCAGGCGAUGGCGACGACGGAGAUGGAGGCGGCGACGGGGACUUCGGAGACGGCGGCGGCGGAGCAGUGCCCGGCGGCGUGCCAGCACCAGGCGCAGGAGAGGAGCUACCUGCACCUCCGCCGCCUCCUCCAGUUGGCGGACCUGGCGGCGGGCUGCCUUGGACCCGCUGGCAGAUCGCGGGCUACGGACGCAUCGUCUUUGAUGCGGCUGGCGGGUCGCUAGGUAGGGCCACAUGUCAGCCUGAGUCCAAGCGUGAUCGGGCGCUGGCAUUCGACCAGGCGCGCGCGAACGCCUUUGGUGCGUCGCCUUCGGCGGGGCAGGCGGCGGGCUCCCAGGGCGCCGAGGGCGCGGGCGAGGGCGCGCCCGCCAGGGCGCGCAAGCGCGGCAGGUACCGCGAUCAGCCGCCGAAGGUUUCGCAUCAGCCCAUCGCUCCAGCAGGAGAGGGCGGCGGCGGCCAGCAGCCAUCGGCGGGCGCGGAUGCUCUCCAGCGGCGGUCGGAGGGCGUCGGCGAAGCCCGACCUGCCUUCGCCUUGCCAGACUCUGUCGCAUCCUUUGCAUGCCAGAAGCCAGGGGGCGUUGAGCGGCGCACAGAGAAUAUCUUAGAUCGUUCCGCUAGUCAGCUCAAGUGCAAGGCCGCAGUCGAUAGCCUAGUCAAUCGCAUCAUCAGGGUGGCCACUGAGUGGGGCGAGAAGACGAAGGCGAAUAUGGAGACCUCGCCCGACGUGGCGGAGCCAGAUGCAGCGGGUGGCGCCCCCGACCCCGUCGUUGCCAUGGAUGGUGGCGCUCCCUCCCCAGACCUCGCCGACGCCACGGGCAGGCCAGCGGACCGCGAGCCCGUUUCGGCGGCAGCCGUGCCUCAGGCGACGAGCAGCGGCAGCGCUAGCGCAAGCGGUGCCAUCCUUCUUGCGAGGCAGUUGCCCGUCACCAGCAUGUUAGCGUCCGCGCCAAGGGCGCCGCCGAUGAAACGCCUGACCACGCCCAUGCAGGCAGCUUGCAGCUUGCAGGCGACGAUCAACAAGACCCUAAAUGAUGCCAUCAGCGAGGCGGAGUUGGAUGCGCUAGGCGGUGAGCUUUUCCCUGAUGAGGCUGAGGCGGCAUCGGCGCCACUUGAGGUCCCUGGUGAGGCCAGGGCGGCAUCGGCGCCACUUGAGGUGUCACCUCCUGCGCCGCCGCCGCCGCGCGACGUCGUGCCCCCGGCCUCGCCGAAGGACUUCGGCGAUGGAACGGCAAGCCAGCCAUUGGGACAGUUCACCAGGGACUUGGGCGUGACUGGUUCUCAGUUCGGGAUUGACCCAGCCAUGUUCGCGCCCAGCCCUGAGCCAGGGAGGCGGCCCGCGAUGUCGGUGCUGGACAGCAUCUUGGCUGGCGGCGUCGGCGGCAGCGUCGCGGGCGAGGUCGCGGCGGGCGGCAUCGCGUUGCCGGAGGAUUGGGGGGGGCUCACCGGCGGCGGCGCUGAGGCCGACGACGGCGAUCGCCAUGCCGACGGCGGCCAGGCAAGCGCCAGCGCAGCCGCUGCUACCGACCUCGUCCAGGAGAUCCCCCAGGGUGGCGCGGCCGUUCGGCAGCUGGGCCCGUGUCCGAGUUCGCCUGCGAGUUUGCCCGCAUUUGUGUCUUGGAGGCCGACCACUAAGAUGCAGGAGCAAAUUGUCUGGUGGCACGAUUGCCUCGGGCCUACGGCCGAAGUCCAAUUCGUCCACGGUCUGCGCCGUUUGGAAUCUGUAUUGCCAGAGAAGACUAUUUCGAAAUGGUCCUUGUUCGCUGGGACGGGCAUCUCCACGAAGAUCCAGAGGGCUUUCGGCAUCGUAUGGAUGAACCGCUAUUGCGUUGCCAUCCGCUUCGACGACGCCCUGUACUGCGAGCUGGACAAGGACAAGCAGGCCUUCUUGACCCAGCAGUUCGCUCCCAAGUUCUUGGUGGCUGACGCCGGGGCGCUGAACAGGCACGUGGCUGUGAAUGCCGCCAAGGAGGGGGGGGCAUCAGAAGUGUUGCCUUUCUGCGGCGUAUUGGAUGCGGGUUUCCCUUGCUCGUCUCGAACCCCGUUGAGCGUCAACAGUUCACUGAACGCAAACUGCGUCCAAGACAGGCGGGCCGCCACUGGUGAAGGUUUCGGCGCUGUGCACGACGCGGCGCAGACGCACUACCCUGCCAUGAUAUGCUUGGAGUGCGUGGUUCAGUUAUCUCAGAAGCCUGAUGCAGAGAAGCCUUCGGACGCCGAGCACAUCUGCCAGGAGUUGCGCAGGAUGGGCUACUGGACGAUCAACCAGCGCAUUCAAGCCACUGACUGGGGCAGCCCACUUCCAAGGGAGAGGCUGUACUGGGCGGCGCUGUUGAACCUUGGGGGCAAGGGCAGGGAGCCCGACCAGUACUUCUUGAAGAUGCUGAACUCCUUCAAGACGGGCUCUCAGAUGUCCUUGGAGGAGUGCUUCACUUGGUGCGACGAGAUUCGCGAGGCGGAGGCGACCCAGUUGAAUGUCAGGACGUACCAGAGCAUGCCCGUGCGCGUCUCCAAGUCGGGUAAGACGAUCCUUGAUUGGAAGGUCGACCACAAGAGGCUCUUCGAGGCGAACUCAUUGGCCUGGCCGCUGGACUUGACUACUACGGACGGCGGCGUGCAGCUUCUCGGUACCACUCUCAUGCCUGGAGGCAUGUUCCCCCGCGAAGCAGAGGUGGCUUACUUGGCACACGCGCUGUUUCCACCGAAGCAUCGCGAUGAGUGCGCUUUCAUGGACAUCAAUCCCAACACCACCAGGAUCUUCGGUCAGUACGUUGACGAAGACACGUUCAUGCUGAAGGGCACGGACCGCAAGGGUGACGACGCCGUCAAUGGGCCGUGGCGCGCAGCCCCCCCGACCUUGACGGGGAGCAUGCAGCUACUCGUUCGCAUCACGUCCAACGGCAAGAGCACGUUGCGCUUGGCGGACGUCUUCGAGCUCAUGCGCCUGAUUGGCUGGUUCGAUUCGGAUUGGGUUUGCGACUGCAGCGAGGAGCGCCUGACGACGGACCAGAUGGACGUCAUCUCGAACAUGUCUGGGAACGCCUUCAGCCUUUGGCAUUACGGGCCAUGGUGGGCAGCCAUGGUGAGCACGUACGGCAUGUACGCCAAGCUCUACGGCGACGACGACGAGGAGGUCGGGGGCACGGCGACUCCCGAGGGCAAUCGCCUCGCCAGCGACGGGAGUGCUCUCAGUGUCUCGUCGGAUUCCGAUUAG